GGCAGCUCCUGUCCCUUAUGUCUUUUUGUGGGGAAAGGAACACACUUCUUUCAGCAUCACUGGAGACGACACAGAGCUCCAGGGAAGACGCCCCAGGUGCAGACCUUCAAACAGCUCCGGCCUUAACAACAGAGGUUACCCAGAAGAUGCGAUACACACACACUCAUGCUGGAGUCCAACAUUUUGGACGAGGAUGGAACUUAACAACCGGGUCAGCGCAAGAGUUUUGAACUGAGGCCGACAUGAUCAUACAUCAAGAACAACGAGGCUGGAUCAGCUCCCUCGGAAAAGGUGGAGUCUUCAUUUGAGCUUUUACUUUCUCUUUGUUGAAAGUUUUGUCAGAGAAGAAUGAUCAAAGUACCCCGUUUCUUUUGCAGCUAUUAUGGAUAAAAGCGGCAUCGGAAAUAUGUGCUAUUGAAGCAAAAGGGAUAAUUUAGCAUACUUUUUCUUCAUUAUUUUUAUCUGUCUCCAGAGCACUUUCUAAAUAGACAUUGGUGGUAUGAAAUUGAGAUGCUCUUUAAAGAACAACUUGAACGGUCCCGACAGUGUUCUUAAUUCGCCAGCCAGGCGUUUAUCUUAUUUCUGCAGCUCGUUCACGGAGGGAGAGUUAAAGACUCCAUUGAUAGUGCUCUUGGGGAAGGGCUAAUAAUUCCUCGCUUAUAUGAAGUCUUCAAAACCUUCCAGCUGUUGACUAAAAAGUGUCACAGAUGUGAGGAAGUGAUGCAGACUGGACUGACAGUGGAGCACUGAGGACAGGAGACAUGUUCACAGGGUGCGGAGUGGUCAGUGGUCAGAGUCAGUACCUGGUCCGAGACAUCGUCAGGCCCCACCCAGGAGUGGAAGUGAGUGGAGCUACCCACACGGAGAAUGGUGUAACCUCGGGGUCCUGUCAUGUCCACCAGGGUCAAACCUGCAGUAGUGCUGACCAGCAGGCAGUCGUCAGAAAUGUUUCCUGCACCCUAAAACCAGUGCCACCAUCUACCCCUAUGCCUGCUCUCAAACUUGGGCAGGAAGGGUUCAAGAAAGUCUGCCGAACCGAGGAGGACAGUCCAUGUCCCUUUCCGGGACUUGCCUCUGGGGUGUUGGAGAUGCGUGUGAAGGAGGGCAGUAAGAUCCGUAACUUGAUGGGAUUUGCCAUGGCACGAAUGCAAGGAGAGAUAAGUGUGAGAGAUGGCGGCAGUGGUGACGGUGGGCUCAGACAAGUUGUCUUCACCGGCUCGGGUCGUGCUGUCACCAAAACCAUCACUUGUGCUGAGAUCAUGAAGCGUAAGGUGGGCUCUCUGCACCAGAUGACCAAACUACAAUACAAAGUGGUGAAGGAGGUGUGGGAGAGCAACGAAGGUCACACAUCAGAGAUGACGGUGCACAGGACGGUGCCCUCCAUCAGCAUCCUCCUCUCCAAAGACCCCCUGGAUACUCAGGAACCAGGCUACCAGCCUCCAGAGACACUCAGUGCAUUGUGGGAGGAGAAAGAGGGCACCGGUAUCCCGCAAACAGCGUGCAAGAGACCUCUUCAACCCUCAUCGUGCAGCAGCUUUCCUUCUUUUAAGAGGGUGUGUAUGGGGGAAGGCGUCCUCCCCCCUCGCUGACUGACUGAUUGACUGACUGACUGAACUGGUGUGAAACAGUAAAGAGAAUUGAAUCAGUGGAUUUCAUUUGGCAUUGCCCUCCACCCAAGCACAAUGCUGAGACAAUCAGAACAGUCACUCAGACAGAACAAUGUUUUCUGAGAAGAACUGAGUACCAAUUCCAGCCUCCAGAGGUCAGGUUAGCUGGGACCUAAAGGCUGGCCUCUGGUUCCCGUCCUGUCUGACGUGGACUCUCAAAUCCACAGAACUGUUCAGGUGUGUGCAACCAUGCCUAAAGUCUUUAACUGAUUCACAUCCCAUUUCACGCUGACUAAAGAAAACACCACCAGUCACACUGGUUCCAGGUUCCAGCUUGCAGCAAAGUACCAACAGCCUGUGGAGGAAGACGCUUAUUAGCAUAGUACUGCAAUUGUGCCACUUUAAAAACAUAAUCUGAAAGUUUAAAAUAUAAAGAGUUCAAAGCCAUUGAUGAUGUUACAAAUGCAAAAUGAUUUUAUUUGUUAAAUAUCAUGAAAAACAAAAUUAAAUAAAAUGAGGUGGGGUUUUUUCCCCCCUGUGGAAAUUUUUCUUUUGUGCUUCAUGUUUCCUGCAUAUUGUCAAAUUUGCAAAGCGCUGGCUGAACAGAGGAUCACAGCAUGCUGAUCUUUUGAUAAGAAGAAUGGCAGUGAAAUUUUAAAAAGAAAAAAAAAAAAAAAAUUUAAUGACAACACACUUGAUAAGGCUCCUAAGCCAACACAGGCUGACAAAAAGUGCCGAGGG